UGGCUAAUUUUGUAUUUCUAGUAGAGAUGGAGUUUCACCAUGUUGCUUCCCUGUGGGAAAAGGGCUUACAAUAUAGACCACAGGACAAAGUCUGGAAGUUCACUGACACCUGACAGCAUCCUCCACUUCCAGCCCGUCUUGCCUGUGAGUCAGAGAGGAACAGCGCUAGCAGGCAGCGAGCCCCUGCCCAGAGGCUGGCAUGUGAGGGGCACAGCUGUACACACCUGGGCAUGGCUGAGCAGAAGGUGCAGGUCAGGAUUCGGACCAUGCAGACAGCUGCCCACUGGCACAACAUCUGUGGCAUCCCAGGGCUGCCAUGGGGCUCUCGGGCCCUCUGCCUGCACCACAGGCCAUACCCCUGCCCUGGACACAGCUGUUCUCACUGCUGGCCUCUGACCCGACAUUGUCCAGAAGCCCCGACCCAGAAGGUGCUCCCACCACUGGCUGCCCACCUGGACCUGAUCCAGGCCCCUCCCACCUGAGGCCCUGCCAGGAACUGCCCGGCUGGACACAGAGGAGGUUCCUUCGUGGGCACAGGGAAGAGCCUCCCAUGGUCCAGUGGAGGAAGCUGCCCGUGGGGUGAGGAUGAGUCAUGGGUUUGAGGAAUGGCAUGGCGAGGCUGUGGGCGGGGCUGCUGUCUGCCCUCCUCCUACAUCAGGCCCCCGAGCCCACACUGCCUCGGCCUCCCUCUCACUCCAGAGCUCAGAGCCACCCACAGCCACAGUCAUGCCGUGCCUCCUGUACACCCUGGGUAUGGCCCUGGUCUGUAGCAUCCAGGCCAGUGACAUCCCCCAGACCGAGCAGGACCUGGAGGUCUCAAAGUUGGCAGGGACCUGGCACUUCAUGGCCAUGGUGAGCAGCAACCUCUCCCUCCUGGGACCCAGGGAUGCCCCUCUGAGGAUCUACAUCACCUCCCUGAUGCCCACCACCGAGGGCAACCUGGAGAUCAUUCUGCACAGAUGGGUCCCUGUCCCCUCAGAUCCCCUGCCCCAGGCUCUGAGUCAACAGCCGACCCCACAGAGCAGCCUCAGGGAGAACAACAGCUGUGUUGAGAAGAAGGUCCUAGCAGAGAAGACUGAAAAUCCAAAGAAUUUCAGGAUUAACUGUGCAGAUAUGGCGGUGAACGAGGCUACGCUGCUGGAGACUGACUAUGACAAAUUCCUGUUUCUCUGCCUGAAGAGCACCGCUGCCCCCAGGCAGAGCACCAUGUGCCAGUACCUGGCCAGAUCCCUGGAAGCAGAUGCUGAGGUCCUGAAGGCAUUCUUCCGCGCUUUCAAGACCCUGCCCGUGCAGAUAUGGUUCCUCCUGGAAUGGUACCAGGUGCCAGAGCCGUGCCCUAUCUAGGAGAGCUCCUGUCUGGCCCUUGCUGGUGACCCGUGAAACCCAACGGCUCACCUCUACCUCCAGGAAGACCAGACCCCUGCCCAGCCACAGCUCCAGCAUUGUAUGACCUCCUCCUGCCCUUUCAAAGAAUGUCCACAGCACAGAAGACGACGACGUGGCCACCGUGUUCCGGUCCCUUCCUGCUGCACACCUGCACCUCGGGCGUGGGGAGGCUGCUUCCUGGGACCGUGUCUGGCAGAGAUGAUUAAUAAACCCAUACCAC